GGCUUGAGAGGAAGGGCUUUAAUCUGUAGGCUGCAAGGAACUGUUGUUUUUAGCAAGACAUUGUAAUGGGCAGCAGAGUGUAUAAUACAUCUUCAUUCUCUCGGGGAGCCUUAAUGCUCUGCAGCAGGCUUACCAACUAUACUUUGCCAUCCUACUCCAAGGAUCCGGCAGGGAUAUUUGAACUGGUGCAAGUUGUUGGAAAUGGGACGUAUGGACAAGUCUAUAAGGGCCGCCAUGUUAAGACUGGACAACUUGCAGCAAUCAAGGUGAUGAACGUUACGGAGAAUGAGGAGGAAGAAAUCAAGCUGGAAAUAAACAUGUUAAAAAAAUAUUCUCAUCACCGCAAUAUUGCCACAUAUUAUGGAGCAUUUGUCAAGAAGAGUCCUGCGGGCCAGGAUGAUCAGCUCUGGCUGGUGAUGGAGUAUUGUGGAGCUGGGUCUGUGACAGAUUUGGUAAAGAAGACCAAGGGAAACUGUUUCAAGGAAGACUGGAUUGCCUACAUCUGCAGAGAAGUUCUCAGGGGCUUGGCGCACCUUCACGCCCACCACGUUAUCCACCGAGACAUUAAAGGGCAGAACGUUCUCCUCACGGAAAAUGCAGAAGUAAAGCUCGUGGAUUUUGGGGUAAGCGCUCAGCUGGACAGGACGAUUGGAAGACGAAAUACCUUCAUUGGGACACCCUACUGGAUGGCUCCUGAGGUCAUAGCUUGUGAGGAGAACCCAGACUCCACUUACGAUUACAGGAGCGACCUUUGGUCUCUGGGAAUCACGGCUAUAGAAAUGGCUGAAGGAGCUCCCCCUUUGUGUGACAUGCAUCCCAUGAGAGCCCUCUUUCUCAUCCCACGCAACCCACCCCCAAAACUGAAAUCCAGGAAAUGGUCAAAAAAGUUUCUUAAUUUUGUUGAAAGCUGCCUCGUUAAAAAUUACGUGCAUCGUCCCUCCACUGAAACCUUGCUCAAACAUUCAUUUAUUCGAGAUAUGCAAAAUGAGCGGCAAGUGCGCAUCAUGCUGAAAGACCACCUGGACAGGACCAGGAAAAAGAAAGGGGACAGGGAAGAAACAGACUAUGAUUACAGUGGGAGUGAAGAAGAGGAUGAUGAGCUGAAUGAAGAUGAAGGAGAACCAAGCUCCAUAGUUAACCUCCCUGGUGAGUCCACCCUCCGUCGAGAAUUUCUGAGGCUGCAGCAGGAGAACAAGAGCCGUUCUGACCCUCACCACCAGCCACAGCUCCAGCAGCAGCAGCUGAAGGACCAGGAGAAAUAUAAAAAGCAGCUGCUGACAGAGCGACAGAAGCGGAUUGAACAACAAAAAGAGCAGAGGAAGAGACUGGAGGAUCAUCAGAGAGAACAAGAGCUCCGAAGGCAGCAGGAGUGUGAGCAGAGAUGGCCAGAGAUUAAGGCAGUUCAGAGGAGAGAUGAGACAUGUAAAGAGGAGAAGAGACUUGUGGAAGAUGAGCGGUGCAUGGUAGAUGGGCAGAGGAGACCAGAAAGGAAGCAGAAAAAGGUGGAAGAAGCACAGCACAAUAAGAAGAUUCAGCGGACACUGCCAAAAGACCAGACACAGCUGCUGUCUCUCCAACAUGACCACAAGCAAAAGAACAAAGUACCUCCAAAGGGUUCAAGUGCAGCAGUGCACCCUCCCCCAAGCAGCACCAGCAAAGAGGCUGAGGACAGAAAGAAGAAGAGCGAUGGCAUCCAGACUUCCCUCAACUGGCCCGCUGUCCUUGGGCACGAAGCCAUCCCGUAUAGUCGAAUGGGCUCCGGCAGUAGUUCCAGCCCUUGCACUCCAGCUUUGCAAAGAGCAGUACUCACGCAGGGUGAAAACCUCCGGAGCAGUAAAGAAACGUACCACAGCAGUUCUCUGUCAGACAUGGUGGUAAUGCCAGUAAGCCCUGGGCAGGACGAUGUAUUCUGGAGUGCAGGCCAAAACGAAGAGCAGCCCCCAAAGGUUCCAGAAAGAACAACCUCUCAAUGUUACCAGGAUCAUGUGGGCCAUCAAAGAUGUCGUUCAGGCAGUGCCCACCAGCCGUCCCUGGGGGGACAUGCUCUGAAACUAAGCAGCAGCAGCUCUCCGACCAGCAAGCAAUGGGAGGUGGGAUCUCAACAGAGCAACAGAUCAGCCUCAGGGAAUCAAGGACUGUCUAAGGCAGAGAACCCCCUGUCCCCCAACCACGUGCAGCGGUGCAAGAAGUCUGAAAACACCCCUCAUCUGACCCAAAGUCCAGGCUUCUUUGCCAAGGGAAAGGACGGUGCCAACUCGUUCUGGAAAGCAGCAGAAUAUUCAUCAUCGAGUGAUGAAGUAGGCAGCAGUGAUGAUGAUGAUCUAAAUCACAUAAGGCAACCGCUAAGUAAUAGAGCGGCAGAUUUCUCAAGGACAAGAGCUCCGGAUGGAAUUGAACUGAAACCUCAAAGCAUCGUCAUGGAGCAGAAGGCAUCAAGCACUGAAAGCACCCCCUCAAAAAGCAGUACAUCAUCUACAGCAUCAUUUACUUCAUUCAUAGACCCUCGGCUUCUACAAAUCUCCCCUCCCACCAGUCCCGUGGGAUCAACAUGUAGUUCUCGUGAGUGUGUUUCCUUUUUUUGUAAAUUGUCAUGGCUAGUUGGUUGCAAAGAAAAGAAGGAGGCUUCUUUUUUGGCAGAUAAAACCUUAAUUUUCUAG